AUGGCUAAAUCAUCAUCAAAGGGAGACAAGAAAUUGUCCAAAAAGGAAGUUAAAAAACAACAAAAAGAAGAAUCAUCAUCUAGUGAAUCAAGCUCAUCAAGCGAUGAAUCAAGUUCAAGUUCAAGUUCAAGUUCUGAAAGUUCAUCAGAUGAAGAAGAAGAAGUAGUAGAAGAUGUAAAAGUAGAAAGCAAAAAAGAAGAUACUUCAUCAUCAUCAUCCUCAGAUAGUGAUUCAGAUUCAAGUUCAUCAUCAUCAUCGUCAUCAUCAUCAGACUCCGAUUCAAGCUCAUCUGACGAAGAAGAAGAAGAAGUAAAAGAAGAAGUCAAAGAAACCAAAAAAGCCAAAAAAGAAGAAUCAAGUUCAUCAGAUAGUGAUUCAGACUCAAGCUCAUCCUCAUCAUCAUCAAGUUCAUCAGAUUCAGAUUCAGAUUCAGACUCUUCAUCAGAUGAAGAAGAAGAAAACAAAGAAGAAUCUAAAAAACGUAAAGCUGAAGAAGACGAAGAAGAAGAAGAAGAAGAAGUUGAAUCAAAACCAGUCAAAAAAUCCAAAACAGAAGAUUACUCAACCACAGAAUCAUCAUCAUCAUCAACAGAAGAAGAACAAGCUACAUUAUUCGUUGGUAGAUUAUCAUGGAACAUUGACGAUGAUUGGUUAUUCAGAGAAUUCGAACCAAUUGGUGAUGUUAUUGGAGCAAGAGUUAUAAUGGAAAGAGAUUCAGGAAAAUCAAGAGGUUAUGGUUAUGUUGAUUUUAAAAAUAAACAAGCUGCAGAAAAAGCAUUAAAUGAAAUGCAAGGUAAAGAAAUUGAUGGUAGACCAGUUAAUUUAGAUAUGUCAACAAGUAAACCUCGUGCAUCAAAACCAAAUGAUAGAGCAAAACAAUUUGGUGAUCAACAAUCACCACCAUCAGAUACUUUAUUUAUUGGUAAUUUAUCAUUUAAUGCUGAUAGAGAUAAUUUAUUUGAAAUAUUUGGAGAAUAUGGUACUGUUAUAUCAUGUAGAUUACCAACUCAUCCAGAUACUCAACAACCAAAAGGUUUUGGUUAUGUACAAUUUUCAACUGUUGAUGAAGCAAAAGCUGCUUUAGAAGCAUUAAAUGGUGAAUUAAUUGCAAAUAGACCAUGUAGAUUAGAUUAUUCAGCUCCAAGAGAUAAUAAUAAUAGUCCAGGUGGUUUCAGAGGUGGUAGAGGUGGUUCAAGAGGAGGAAGAGGUGAUUCAAGAGGUGGUAGAGGUGGAAGAGGAGGUUUUGGUGGUAGAGAAAGAUCAGCAACUCCUACAGGUACACCAAGAAAAUCAACUGAAUUUAAAGGUACUAAAAAAACUUUUGAUUAA